AUGGUUCAAGGGGAGAGCCAAGAAGGGUUUUUCUGGAAUACUCAUCCAUGGGUUAUGUCUGAAAAAUCUGGUAGUGGCGGCUCUACUGAAAGUGGUAGUAAAGAAAAAUCUGCAAGUGCUAAGAAUCAGUUGGUCGACUCAAGCAUAGAUAAUAAUGAAACUCAGAUAAAGCAGCAUGAGAUGGGAUCUACAGGGGGUUCAAAUGGUGGUGCCCAAGAAACUAUAGCAACAGUCAUCGGUGGUGGUAGCUUGAGAAAUGGUGAUGCUUUUAAGACAGAAAAUGUGGAUGACAAGAAGGUAAACAACCAAGAUAAUAAGGGAAAUGGAGGUGUGGAUCCAACUGAGCAUGAGUUACAUAUAUGGACUGAAAGAGAAAGGAGAAAGAAGAUGAGGAACAUGUUCCAUCAACUUCAUGCCUUGCUACCUCAGCUCUCUCCUAAGGCAGACAAGUCUACAAUAGUUGAUGAGGCUGUAAACCACAUAAAAACCCUGCAACAAACCCUCCAAAAGCUUCAAAGAAAGAAAAGAGAGAGGUUCCAUUGUUUAUCAACAAACACCGUCUUCCAAACAUGGACUUCUUCUAAUGUCACUUUAAAUGUGUGUGGUCUCGAUGCACAUAUUAGCAUUUGCUCACCCCGAAAGCCUGGCCUAGUUACCACAAUUUGCUUUGUACUAGAGAAGCAUAAACUGGACAUAGUUUCUGCACAUAUUUCUUCGGAUCAAAUGAAAAUCUUUUUUAUGAUUCAUGCCCAUGCAAACACUCACAAUCAAUUUGGGGAGUCAUUUCCUUAUGAUGAGGUUUUCAAGCAGGCUGCAGCAGAGAUAAUGCUUUGGGUUACCUCUAAAUCAUCAUAA